ACUAGGUUAAAUUUCUAUAGUAACUUACUAGAUUAAAUUACUACAAUAAGUGACUUUGUUCUAACAAUUACUUAAAUUUAAUCUUAAUUACUGAAUAUAUUUAAAAAAAAUACAAGAUGGGUAUGCGUAGACAUGCUCAAUUUAUUGCUCGAACAGUUAUGGUUCAAAAUAAUAAUAUAGAGAAAGCUGCUCGUAUGUUGAACAAUAUAUUGUCAAAAGAAGGUAUUUUUCAGCAAUUUAGAUAUACAAGAUUCUAUGAAAAACCUACUCAAACAAGAAGAAGAAUUAAUUAUGAAAAGUGUAAAGCACUUUAUAAUGAAGACAUGAAUAGAAAAAUUAAUUUUAUUUUAAGAAGAAAUAGAGUAGAUCCAUUUCCUGGUGCUUCAUAAAAUAUUUACUAAUUUUCAUAUUAUUUAUAAAUCAAUAUAUAGAUGAUAUGAUUAUAAUAUUUUUAUUCUAUAUUAUCCAUAUGCAUAAGUAACUAGAACAUAUUCAAUAAAUUAUAAAGUUUUAUCAAAUCUAUUGAAUAAAAUACAAAUUAAUAAAAAUAUGCAUAAUAUUUAAAUUAUAGAUUUCAUAUAUAUAUAAAUAUAUAAAGUAUACAGUUUUCUAAAAAAAAAAUAUUAAACUGUAUAUUAUUAUAUUUUUAAAUUAAAUAUAUGAUAUAUCAUAAUAAAAUUCUUUUUUGGCCUUUUAUAUAACUAUUUCUUAUUUAUGUGUAAAUAUGUAUACAUAUAAUAUACAAAAUAUAUAAAAUAUAUAUACAAAUAACAUAUGUAAAAAAUAUACUUUUAAUAAAAUUUUCCAAUCAAA